AAGGACAACAUGUGGCUGACUCCCCUGCACAGAGCCGUGGCGUCGCGCAGUGAGGACGCGGUGCGCGUGCUGAUCCGACACUCUGCCGACGUCAACGCGCGCGACAAGAGCUGGCAGGCUCCGCUGCACGUGGCCGCGGCCAAUAAGGCACUGCGCUGCGCUGAGGUCAUCAUCAUCCCGCUCCUCAGCAGCGUGAACGUGUCAGACCGGGGGGGCAGGACGGCGCUGCACCACGCCGUGCUCAAUGGACACGUGGAGAUGGUUAACCUGCUGUUAGAAAAAGGAGCCAAUAUCAACGCCUUUGAUAAGAAGGACAGGAGGGCACUGCACUGGGCUGCUUACAUGGGUCACCUGGAGGUGGUGUCGUUGCUGAUCAACCAUGGAGCGGAGAUCUCCUGCAAGGACAAGCGUGGCUACACCCCCCUCCACGCUGCAGCAUCCAACGGUCAGCUCGCAGUGGUCAAGCACCUGCUCAACCUGUCCGUGGAGAUUGAUGAAGCCAAUGCGUUUGGUAACACGGCUCUGCACAUCGGCUGUUUCAAUGGGCAGGACGCGGUGGUGAGCGAGCUCAUCGAUUACGGAGCCAACGUGAAUCAACCCAAUAACAAGGGCUUCACCCCCCUGCACUUCGCAGCGGCCUCCACACACGGGGCGCUGUGCCUGGAGUUCCUCGUCAACAACGGGGCCAAUGUCAACGUGCAGAGUCGCGAUGGGAAGAGCCCCCUCCACAUGACCGCUGUGCACGGCCGCUUCACUCGCUCACAGACCCUCAUCCAGAACGGUGGAGAGAUCGACUGUGUGGAUAAGGAUGGGAACACCCCUCUGCACAUCGCAGCCCGCCACGGACACGAGCUCCUGAUCAACACUCUCAUCACCAGCGGAGCCGACAGCACAAAGCGUGGUAUCCAUGGCAUGUUCCCGCUGCACCUCGCUGCUCUCAAAGCUCACGCUGAUUGCUGCCGCAAGCUGCUCUCCUCAGGCCAAAAGUAUAGCAUUGUUUGCUCGUUCAGUAACGAGUCGGUCCUGUCUGCAGGCUUUGAGAUAGACACCCCGGACAACUUUGGAAGGACCUGUCUGCACGCUGCGGCCGCCGGAGGAAAUGUUGACUGUGUGAAACUCCUGCUGAGCAGUGGGGCGGACUUUAAUAAGAAGGACAAAUGUGGAAGGACCCCGCUACACUACUCUGCGGCGAACCGUCACUUCCAGUGCAUCGAGACACUUGUUUCCACGGGAACCUGCGUGAAUGCAGUCGACGACUGGGGUCGCUGUGCCCUGCACUACGCAGCGGCCUCUGACCUCGACAGGAAGAGGCGCAGUAUUUUGGGGGAGACUCACGGAGCAGUGGAGGAGAGUGAGGGAUCCCAGGAGGAGAGAGAGAAGGAAGCCUCGCUGUGUCUGGAGUUCCUGCUGCAGAAUGAAGCGAACCCUUUAAUCCGAGACAAGCAGGGCUACAGCGCCGUGCAUUACGCUGCAGCCUAUGGGCACAGGCACUGCCUCGAGCUGCUCCUGGACCGGGCCCACAGCAGUCCAGAGGAUUCGGGAUCUCAGGGUGGAGCGAGGAGUCCCCUGCACCUAGCGGCGUAUCAUGGGCACGCGCAGGCUCUCGAUGUGCUGCUGCAGUCUGUGUUGGACCUCGACGCUGUGGAUGAGGGGGGCAGGACGCCGCUGUCUCUCGCUGCUCUACGCGGACACGCCGAGUGUGUGGAGGCUCUGCUGAGCCAGGGGGCCUCCGUCAACGUGACAGAGAAGAGCCGAGGAAGGACCCCUCUGCACCUGGCAGCAAUGAAUGGACAUACGCUGUGCCUGCAGUUGCUGAUAGAGGGUGCUGAGAGUGCAGACAUUGUGGACGUCACAGACUCCCGAGGACAGACCCCUCUCAUGCUCGCCGUGGCGAAUGGUCACAUGGACGCCGUGGAUCUGCUGCUGCUGGACAAGGAGGCAAAGGUGGACCGAGUGGACUCACAGGGCUGUACCGCCCUGCAUCUGGGGAUCCUCACUGGUCACGAGGACUGUGUUCAGCUUCUGCUGGAGCAGGAGGCCUCAUACCUGUUGGGUGACAGUCGCGGUCGCACGGCUCUGCACUUUGCUGCGGCGAGAGGCCAGGCCUCGUGGCUCUGUGAUUUCCUACCAAACACCUUCUCCGAGGGGAACCCUGCACUGCGGGACAGCCAGGGUUACACGCUGCUGCACUGGGCCUGCUACAACGGUCAUGAGAACUGUGUGGAGGUCUUGUUGGAACAGAAAGCGUGUCGCAGCUUCGAGGGGAACUCCUUCUCCCCGCUGCACUGCGCUGUGAUAAAGAAUCACGAGAGCUGUGCCUCGAUCCUGCUGGACACGCUGGGUUCCAGCAUCGUGGAGUGCAGAGACAUCAAGGGCAGGACCUCCCUGCACGCGGCUGCCUUCUCUGAUAGCGUGGACUGUGUGCAGCUGCUCCUGAGCCACGACGCUCCCGUCAACGCCGUCGACCAAUCAGGGAGGAGCGCUGUCAUGAUGGCAGCAGAGCACGGCCGGGUGGGGGCUCUAGAGGUGUUGGUGACGAGUGCCAAUGCGAACCUGAGCCUGAGGGAUGAGAACAAGAACACAGCAUUCCACCUGGCCUGCAGUAAUGGCCAUGAGAAAUGUGCCUUGUUGAUUCUCAGCAAGACAGAGGACCAGAGCCUCAUCAACGCCACCAACGCAGCCCUGCAAACUCCUCUCCACCUCGCUGCCAGGAACGGACUGAAGCAGGUGGUCCAGCUGCUCCUCUCUCGAGGGGCGAGCGUACAGGCACUCGAUGAGAACGUAGGGGACCCCUCGUCCACCACGGUUUAGGGUCUGUUUGUGAAAGGGGGUCCCUCUGCACGGAAUCAUAUGGCUCCAACGGACACACCCGCACAGCGCCACCUGCAGGAAAAGGACCGACACAGUGGGGAAGAAUCAUUUUUUUGAUUUUAAACUUUGUUCUUUUUGUUUUUGUCUUUUGUCUCUUAAUCAUUUUAAAUAAUACAUUAUUUUGGACAACGGCCACUAGACCGCAUUCCUACUCUUCACACAAGGACCUUGUUUAACCUUGUGAAACGGACCUGCUGGUGUGCUUUCUAGGGGGCUGUUGGACUAGUGGCAGGGGGUGCGUGGACGAGAAAGUGAGCACUUAAUAAUGAAGUGUGGCUGUUAGUAUUUAAGACCAAGCAGAGAUGCCAGGUUAAGUUGCCGGGUAGAGCGUUGUUGUCUUUCUAUUGAAAUUCCAAAGCGUUUCCUUCUGAAUUGUGUAGCUGUUCUCCGGCUCUGGUACCAUGAAGUCUGGAUCGGUUCCCAGGCCAGGCAGACACAUCACUGAAAGUACCUUUCUGUCAAGAAACAAGACAAGUCAUUUUUUUAUUGCUUUGAAUGCAAAUGUGACACACGUUUGAAAUCUUUAGUGACAUGCAGAAACUGGUUUUGCCAAUGCCCUCUGUGUUGGGAGUGAUGUGUUCUUGUCUGAGAGGGCAGCUUGGUUCUGUGUCAAAAGUACGAUUUAUUAUUAUUUAUAUAAAGAAAUAUGUUCACUGAGGAUGUCGGGACCAUGUUGUCGUCUAAGUUUGUGUGAAUCCCUCAGCUCAGCUGCUCACUCACUGGGUGGGCGAGGGUGACAGUAUUCUUCUAGUCUUUCCUGUGUCAUACCUGCUUGAUAUGUCCUGCACACAAGGCUCCUAGCAAUGGGGAUCAAACCAGUGUCACAAAUCAAAAGAUUAAGACAUAUUCUGUGAUGUAAAAAGAGACAGAAAAUGCUUUAAGCCUUGCUUGUUUCCCCUGUAUUUUUUUUUUUUACACCUCUGUAGCAGCCAGUACAUGUCACACCAUCCACGUUUCAUCAGUAUUAUAACUCCAGAUAGUUCCCUUUGUGUAAUGGUGUUGACUUUAAUUAAUUAUGUUGAAUUGUGUGUCAAACCUGCACCUCCAUUAGCAUUUAUGUGGCAAGGAUUAUUGGCACUGAACUGUACUGUACUUCAGUCUCAAGUCUUUCCAACCUGUGAUAUGCCUGCAGAACACACUCAUGCCACUAGGGGGCGCUAGUCGCCAGGGAGAUUUCUGCUUGCUUCACAUCAAGAUUCAAGUUCGUCUGGUAAUAAUGUACCAAUCUUAGGCAAUGCCUGUUUUGAGUAGGGUGCUUUAGACCUGGGCUUCAACUCCCAUUUUAAUUAACAAGACAAGCUGUCUUUAAUUUUAUUAUUGUCUGAAAAGCUGCUUGGUUGUACUUGCAAUUCAGUGAGCAAUGGGACUGAAACUAAUUCAACUUCGUUGAAAACUCUUAGCGGGUUGUAAACCAGUUUAGGACCUGAAUGCAGCUUUUUAAAUUAGUGCACUUAAACACUUUAAAAUAGGAUUGGAGCAAAGAACUGGACUGGAUGGACCCAGAGCUGCAGUUUGCCACACUUGGAUCUGGACUGGUCCUACUGAGAGGCAGCCAGCAGGGUCUGUGCCUCUCUUUCCCUCCCCUCUCCUCUGUGUAAGAGAGAGCUGUGGGUGCCAGGUGGCUGUCUCUGUGUCUUAAUGAAGGACUGUAUUCCCUGGGGCUCCAACUUUCUCCAGUGCUGCGUUUCCACUGUCCUGAAAUCCUGUUGAGGAAGGCAGCUGGUGAUUAGUAUGAUCUGUCACACAAGCUCUUUAGAUGCACCAUGCUCUGAUCUGAAGAGACGAAUUAAAUAUAUAUUUUACUGUAGAAGCCGAGCAAGAAACGGUUCCUCCAGCCAAUGUCUUUCCUCCUUGAAAAUCUGGCAAAAAACGGGUCCCAUUGUCUCUGCCUGGAAUCCUGACAUGACUUCCCUUCCUGAUCUUCAGUUUCUAUAUUUGAAAGCACACGUAUUAAUUACCCAAGACCUUGUUUGAGCAGAGUUGUAUUGGACAGAGGAAACAUAAUGUGCUAGUGCUGGAAGCUGGCUGGGCUGGGCUGGGCUGGGCUGGGCUGGGCUGGGCUACCCUACCGUCUCACUCAACUGUCCAGUGCCUUUUUACACCUCUCUUUGUAGUCUUAAGACCUCAAUUUGCGCUAUUAAAAAUGAUUAGAUUUUAUAUGUUUUUUGUGUGUGAUAUGAAAGCAAUAGACCAGUGAAUUUCGUUCAUUUAGGGACAGAGGAGUGUAGGUUAAAAAAUAAAAAGGUCCUCCACUCCUCUCUCUCUCUGUUGAAUGUAAAACCAUUUUGUUUCAUAAACUUGUCAGGGUGCAGAAAUUACUAUAAAAGUAAAACUUUUUGUACAGAGGAAUUGUUUUAAUGUGAGGCUGAAGCUGUGUUGACCUAACAAAAAAAAAAAAAAAAAAAAAAAAAAAGUUUUCUGGAGACCCCGCCGGGAUGAAAUUGUAUGUCAGUGUUAUUUUGAAAAGGCCAUUGAAAGUUGUGACAAUCUGCUAACUGUGUGAGUAUCUGAUACAGUAGUUAAAUAAGCACGUAGCCUUGCAUUGGUUAUGUUUUGUCUGUUUUAUAUAUAUUAAAAUAUAAUAUAAAUAUCA